AUGCUAACCUCUGAGCGUAUCCCGUCUUAUUUCACCAGCAAAUUCCCAGACGGGACACCCACCCAUGCGCUAUACGCUGCGUUUCUCACGAAUGGCAAUGCAGAAGACCUGGAAGAGUUCAACGCGUGGAGAAAGACCUGGCCUAGUCGCCAAGACUUCGAGGACAGUAUGCCCAUUUUGUGGUCAGAGUCUCUGCGCAACUACCUGCCACCGUCAAUCUCGAGCCAUUGGCAUAGUAUACAAAGCCGAGACAAGCUCCAUGAACACGAGAAGCUUUUUCUAUUUGAUGCCCGGCCAGGAGCCACCCGAAGAUCGAAAUGA